AUGAGCGAUGUUAAAGAAGAAACGAGGGAGGCCGGACCUCCUUCGAUAAAGCUUCCUAUGUUAAGUACUACAAUCUACACUGUCUGGGCCAUGAGGAUGAAGAUAGCUCUUAAGGUCAACAAGGUUUGGGAAACUAUUGAUCCUGGAAACAAAAACGAGGAUAAAAACAAUAUGGCCAUCGCGUUACUCUUCCAGUCAAUCCCUGAAGCGCUAACACUGCAAGUCGGAGAACUUGACAAUGCAAAAGCUGUGUGGGAUGCGUUUAAAGCUAGGCAUGAUGGGGCUGAAAGAGUACGAAAAGCUCGUUUAAAAACACUAAUGGCAGAGUUUGAUCGUCUUAAGAUGAAAGAAGACGACACGAUCGAUACAUUCGUAGGCAAGCUAUCAGAGAUAUCAUCAAAAUCUGCCUCUCAUGGUGAAGUCAUUGAAGAAUCCAAAAUUGUGAAGAAGUUCUUGAAAAGUCUACCGCGGAAGAAAUACAUUCAUAUUGUUGCUUUUCUUGAACAAGUUCUUGACCUAAAAGUAACAAGCUUCGAAGACAUCGUGGGAAGACUCAAGGCUUAUGAGGAAAGAAUUUGUGAAGAAGAAGAUGAACAACAAGAUGACCAAGGAAAGCUGAUGUAUGACAACUCGGAAUCGAAUCAAACUGGUUAUGGUAGCUCCGGUGGAGCACGAGGUAGGGGACGCGGCGGUCGCUCUACUUGGAGAGGAAGAGGUCGCAGUCGGUUUGGAAACUUCCAGAGCCAAAGAGAUGCGUACAGACAAGGUCAAGGACAGGAUCUCUCUCACAUCACUUUCUUCAGUUGCAAUAAACAGGGACAUUAUGCGUCUGAAUGUCCUGAUAAACAAGGACUUAAGCUACAAGAAACAAUUGAAAACAAAACAGAGGAGACACAAGAGGCUGAUGAACUAAUGAUGCAUGAGGUUGUCUACCUUAACGAGCAGAACGUUAACCCGAGUGUGUUUGAUACUAGUCUAGAUACAACAAAUGUCUGGUAUCUUGAAAAUGGUGCAAGUAAUCACAUGAGCGGCAACAUAAUGUUCUUUGUUACACUUGAUGAAACAAUCACCGGGAAGGUGAGAUUUGGAGAUGAUUCUCGCAUUGACAUAAGAGGAAAAGGAUCGAUUCAGUUUGUUUUUAAAGGAGGUGAGAAGAAGAUCUUAGGUAACGUGUACUACAUCCAUGGGCUAAAGAGUAACAUAGUCAGCUUAGGUCAAGCCACAUAA